CUGUGGGGGGCGGCGCGUGCGCAGUUGGUGAAGGAUGAUGGACGGGCCGGAGCCCGGGAGCUUCAUGUCCGUCAACGUGACCGCGAACUGUGGAGGAAACCCCGCGAAGAGGACGAUGAGCCCGAUGGUGACGGGCACGUCGGUGCUGGGGGUGAAGUUUGACGGGGGGGUGAUCCUCGCCGCCGACAUGCUGGGCUCGUACGGAUCCAUGGCGCGCUUCCGCAACGUCUCGCGGCUGAUGAAGGUGAACGAGGCGACGAUCCUGGGGGCGUCGGGCGACUACGCUGACUACCAGCACCUCAAGCAGGCCAUCGAGCAGAUGAUCAUUGACGAGGACUUGCUCGGAGACGGCCACAGCUACAGCCCGAAGGCGAUCCACUCCUGGCUGACCAGGGUCAUGUAUAACCGGAGAUCCCGGAUGAAUCCUCUGUGGAACACAGUCAUCAUCGGUGGAAUAAACAAUGGCGAGAGCUUCCUGGGUUACGUGGACAAGCUGGGAGUUGCCUACGAGGCUCCGACAGUGGCCACGGGGUUUGGCGCCUACCUUGCGCAGCCCCUGAUGAGGCAGGUAGCGGAAAACAACGCUGUCAUCUCUAAAGACGAAGCCCGCCAGCUGAUCGAACGCUGCCUGAAGGUCCUGUAUUACCGAGACGCACGGUCCUACAACCGGUACCAACUGGCGACGGUGACAGCGGCGGGCGUGGAAAUCGAGGGGCCGCUAACGUCCGAGACCAACUGGGAUAUCGCUCACAUGAUCAGUGGGUUUGAGUAGAAGAGCUCGGAAUGUACAGCAGAUGAAGGAACAGGAGCUGAUCCUCUCCACAAGUUACAUCAAGAGCCAUUGCUGGUCCGAUCAUUGUGCCCAAAGACCCUACAGAGAGCAAGAUAGUCCACUCGACGAAAAAAACGUCGUACGGUCAUGGGCAGAUUCAUGGGGUAAUUCUCGGCCCCAUUUCCGUAACCGACUUCCGUCUCUGCACCAAAGAUCCCGUAGAAUAAUAAUAAUAUAUUUUAUUUGCAUUGCACAUAGGUGCAACGAGAUUUGGUAUGCAGCUUCCAUCCGAUGUCAUAACUCAAACAUCUAAUAAAAUUUAGACACCCGAGAAACAUGAUUUAUUAAAAAAAAAAAGAAUGAUAAAAUUUUUUAAAAAGGGAUACUAGUGCGGAGACGGAAGCCGGUUACGGAAACAUCCUCGUAAAAAUCAAAAGUUCUUUGGUAAAAAAUCUUCUCAUUUUCAGAAUUUUAAUUUGUUAACACAAACUGUUCCCCCGCAACGUUGAUUACACUGCGAAUCGGAUCGGGUUACUGAAAUGGCCGACGUUCCGCUCCGUUGCGUACUACACGUCAGCCCAUUGCAUUAAGCAGGACUGGUCUAUCUUGCUCCGCUAUAGGAUCUUUGGUUGUGCCUCUUGGAUUCUGUUGUUGUGUUUGCUUUAAUGCUUAUGAUGGGGGUGGGGGCAGGAAAUAGGGGUGGUGUUAAUGUAUGAAAAAUAAAGAACUCUUUGUAAGGAA